CCCUCCCGUGUAAAACGUACCAUAGGUGUGAGCCAGCAGAGGGGAGCCGCCUCCUGGCCUGCAAAGUAGCCCUGCUUGGUUCAUUCAACAAAGGUCACUGAGCCCCAGGGUGUGCACCAUUCCAGGAGGGUCCCCUGCAGGCACAAAGUUACCUGCAACCGGUGUCCAAGGAGAGGGCUCUGGGUGGGGCAGCUCUAGGCCCAGAGAAGGUGAGGACCUGCCUGAGGUCACACAGGUCAGUAGGGCCACUCCCACACUGGACCCUUUGCUGGCCCUCAGCUUCUCUCUGCCUCCAAGUGGCCACCACACAGACAAUUCAGAGGGGCCAGAGCAGGUGCUAUGGACCCAGACACCCCCAAAGUCAGCCUGCAACAUCCCCAUCCCUGCUUGGGCAGGAACAUCAUUCAGGAGCCCCUGGACGGUGGAUGGCCGCAUUGGGAAGGACGAGAGAAUCUGCCAAGAGGACACUCAGAAACCUCCUCCUUCCCUGGGACAAAGUCCCCCAUGCACACAGCAAUCGGUGGUAGGAGGGCCCCUGGGGAGACUAGGCCCAAGGGGGAGCAAAGGGGCUGGCACCGGCAGGCCCAGCUCUUCCUCCUGGCAUCCCAGGGGCAGGAAGGAAACUGACCCCAAAAAGGGGCAUCCCACAAAUGGUGGGACAGUUAGGACCCAGCUGGGGAGAAAAGUGGGCAGGCCAAGUCUCCUGGCCCCAGUGGGGUUGGGCAGUGGGCUGGGCAGCAGAUGGGCCUCACCUUCCUCCCCUGGCAGUGGAGGCCUGGAGCCCUCCACGCUGCUGGGAGCUCUGCCCGGGCCGAACCAGCCUGAACCCGGAUCUGAACUGGAUGACCUCGGGCUGGUGCCCCACCCACCCACCUGGUGCAAAGGGCUUCCCUCCCACCGAGUGACCAGGGUAGGGAGGACCUUGAUGCAGUCUGCGGAGCUCGGGGCAGACCUCCCUAGGGGCCCACCUGCCAAGCAGACCUCCCGCCCUGCCUUAGGCAGGUGUCCGGGAACGUCACCCAGGCAUGUGCUGGUGGAAGUCUAGCCCCGAGGGCCUGGGCACUGGCCUGCAACACCCCUGGCCUGGCUCCAGGCUGGUCCGGCGAGAACUGCAUGCCAAGAGGGCUGGGCUGGGGGCCGGAGCACCUGCGCGAGGGUGAAGGGGGACCUGGACAAGGCAGGUGCCAUGGCUACAACGGGUACCCCUUGGGGGCCUUGACUCCUGGGUAAACAUUAAUGGGGCUCAUACACAGCAGGUCAUGUGCGCCCAGUGGAUCUUUGACCUGCAGCUGCUUCUGCCCUGUGUCUCCUCCCUGCAGGUGCCCCCUCACUACACAGGUAGGAGCUCCUAGGACCAGGCGGGGGCCCAGGGACACUGGGGCCAGGGCUGGGUGACCUACAGGCCCAGGGCAUAAGCCCCCAACCCAGAGCCUCCAGGGCUGAGGGAAAGAGAGCAGCUUGGGAACAAGCAGGAGAGAGAGGUGACAGGAAGCCCCCGGCACCCAGUCCCCGGGAACUAGGAGGGGGUCGGGGUGGAGGAUGAGGUGGGGGCUCCAGACUCAGUGGGCUGAGGAGGAGCCUUGAGGUGGGGUGGGGGCACCCGAGCCCCUUGCCCUGCCCCCAUCACCGGGGUGGGGCCCUUGGCCAGCAGAGACGUCACUGUUUGGUAUCAAAUGCCAAAGUCUAAGCUGGGACCAUCUGCAGUGUCCCUGAUGACAAGAUAGGAGAGGUCCUUGGGUUCCUGCUCCAGCCCCUUCCAGCUCACUCCCCAGCACCCUGUGCCCUCGGCCACCCACCCAGCCUUCUUCCAGCCACAACCAGCGUGGGAACCAGCGAGCCAGGGCCUCCUCAACGCUGCCCCCAAAACUGGACGGGGCUCACCUGACAGCUGCCUGAGGUCACUAUAGCCAGCCCCCUGCAGAUGGAGGAAGGGGGAGAUCACCAAGGCUAGCAGGGGGUGGGAAGGCUGGGCAGCAGCCAAGGACUCAGGUCAGGGGACCCCAGGGCCUGGCGGGGCAGGGGGAGAUGAGUCUGACCUGCCCUUCCCACCAGCAGAUCCGGCCUUGGCUUGGGUCUUUCCCUGCCCAAAGUCCAUGCCGAAUUCCCUCGCAAGUGGCCAGGCCCUCCCCACUCUUGGCCUGGUGGACCGGAGUCUGGGCAAUGCAGGUACCAGGAAACCCCCAGCCCAGGCCUCAGCCUGCCACCCAGCCCCUGAUCCACUGCUCUGGAUAAGUGGGCAGAGGCGCUCCAGCCGCCCCCUGGAGGGCCCGUGGGGCUCCUGACAACUCUGGCCCAAUAACUGGAGGCUCCUUUCCUCCUGUUCCCCGCUUCCGUCUCUCGCCUGAGCUGGUGCCAGGGUUCCCCCCACCCACUUUUGCCCCUACCUGGGGCUAUCCAGGAAACAUCUGGGUCCCUGGCUCUAGUGACCCGAACCCCUGCAGGGCCCUGCAGUCCUGCCCCUGCCUUGGGAGAGGGAGACACAGACCCCUGGGCCCUCCCCCAGCUAAAGGACACUAGCCAGUCCUGGAAAGGUACGUGUGGGUGGUAACUGGCCAGAUGGGGCCCUGGCUCCCCAGGGUCUGAGUGUGGAGCACAUCCUUGGGGAGAGAGAGCAGGGAGGUGGUUUGCCCCAAAAGGCCACAAGGAGACCCACCGCCAUGCACACGACCACCGUGGGGACCCAGCUUGGCUGCCUACAGCAUGCCCGCUCAACCGCACACCUCCCCUGCCACCCCUGCUGGCUGGAAGGCUUCUGGGAGGCUGCUGGGGCUGUCUGCUGGGUGCUCUGCAAAGAAACAGAGGAGGGGCCCCCAGACCCUGCCCUGUGGGAAGAGGAGGAAGGGGCCCAGCAGGGGUGCUGGGCAGGGCCAGCAGGGGCAGGGCUGGCUGAGCACAGCUGCCCGGUGCCCUCAGAGCUCAGCUCGGCCAGCAGGGUGCUCCGGGUGGCAGUGGGCUUCCUCAAGGCCUGUGGGCUUCUGGGCAAUCUGUACCUCUUCAUCUGCUCCCUGGACAUCCUCAGCUUGGCCUUCCAGCUGCUGAGCGGCCAAGUGGCUGGAGACAUCUUCAAGGACAACGUGGUGCUGUCCAACCCCGUGGCUGGACUGGUCAUCGGCGUGCUGGUCACUGUUCUGGUGCAGAGCUCCAGCACGUCCUCCUCCAUUGUUGUCAGCAUGGUGGCUGCCAAGUUGCUGACCGUCCAGGCUUCUGUGCCCAUCAUCAUGGGCGUCAACGUGGGAACGUCUAUCACCAGCACCCUGGUCUCGAUGGCACAGUCGGGGGACCGCGACGCAUUCCGGAGGGCCUUUGGCGGCUCGGCGGUGCAUGGGCUCUUCAACUGGCUCACCGUGCUGAUCCUGCUGCCUCUGGAGAGUGCCACAGCCCUACUGCAGGAGCUCAGCGCGCUGGCCCUGGGCACUGCCAGCCUGCCAGCCGGGGCGCACACUCCUGACAUCCUUAAGGUGCUGACCCAGCCGCUUACACACCUCAUUGUGCAGCUGGACACUGACGUGAUCAUGCACAGCGCCACAGGCAAUACCACCAACAGCAGUCUCAUUAAGCAAUGGUGCGGCACCAGGGGGCCGACGACCUCGGGGAGCGGCGACUGCGGAACAGAUGCCCUUGGCCCCUGCCCGGAGCCCAGCAGCUCGGCCACCGUGGAGCAGCUGCCUUGCCACCACCUGUUCGUGGGCACGACACUCACGGACCUGGCUGUGGGCUUCAUCCUGCUGGCUGCCUCCCUUCUCGUGCUCUGCACCUGCCUCAUCCUCAUCGUCAAGCUGCUCAACUCUGUGCUGCGCGGCCGCGUAGCCCAGGCCGUGAGGAUGGUCAUCAAUGCUGAAUUCCCCUUCCCGUUCAGCUGGCUCAGUGGCUACCUGGCAAUCCUCGUGGGUGCCGGCCUGACCUUCCUCCUCCAGAGCAGCAGUGUCUUCACAGCGGCCAUUGUGCCCCUCAUGGGGGUCGGGGUGAUCAGCUUGGAGCGGGCAUAUCCCCUCUUCCUGGGCUCCAACAUUGGCACCACCACCACGGCCCUACUGGCUGCCCUGGCCAGCCCUGUGGACCGGCUGCUCAGCGCCAUCCAGGUUGCCCUCAUCCACUUUUUCUUCAACCUGGCUGGCAUCCUGCUGUGGUAUGUGGUGCCCAUCCUGCGGCUGCCCAUCCCACUGGCCAAGGGCUUUGGAGACCUGACUGCCCGCUACCGUUGGGUGGCCAUCGCCUACCUGCUCCUCAGUUUCCUGCUGCUCCCACUGGCUGCCUUUGGGCUUUCCCUGGCUGGAGGCACGGCGCUGGCUGCCGUCGGGGGGCCCCUGGUAGGGCUGGUGCUCCUCGUCAUCCUGAUCAAUGUCCUGCGGCGGCACCGGCCGGCCUGGCUGCCCAGCUGUCUGCGGUCCUGGGCCUGGCUCCCACUCUGGCUCCACUCUCUGGAGCCCUGGGACCGCCUGAAUCACCAAGCAGCAUCUGGUUGGAGCAUGGAGACUUCCUGAAGCAAGCAGCUGGGUCUGGGGAGGCAGUGCCUGUGGGCUCCCACGCACCCUGCCCCCAAGGAUGCGUGCCUGGAGGCCCACGCGGGUGUAGGCAGCCUGCUGUCAGGGCCCUGAGUUCCGCUGGUGUGUGGGGGAGUUAGGAGGGGAUAGAGUGAGGGCCUGGUGGCCUGGAGGUGACACCCCCAACCCAUUCUGCCCACCUUCUCCAGGCUGGGUAAAGUUCCGGGGGAGGAGGGAAUGGGUGUCAAGGGUGGGAGACUCCUCGGUUCCUGCCUGGGCCGGGCCAGGCAGGCACUCAGUGGCCCAAGAUCCACCAGGAAGCGGGUCCUGCCCUUCACCCCUGGCCCCACUUGCACCUGGAGCCCACAUUACAGGCAAAAUCCCUUGGCCACAAGGCAGUAGGCAAAGGCCACCGGUCCAGGUGAGGGCAGUGAGACCGAGCACUGUGCCCCACCUGGGGGUGCACUCAGGGCUCCAGCCACCCCCACGCUCCCUGCAGCCCACACCGUGGGGCUUGACCGCUGGCAGGCCACCGGACGAGGAGGAGGCUGCCUCCCUGCCCAUCCAGCUCAGGGCUGUCCACAGCCCCAGCCCAACAGCCCCACGCCACGGGGGAAAGAAAGCUCUGAGUAAAUCCCAUCUGUCACCCAGAUUCACACAGGGCGCGGGGCACACAGGCUGACCCCAGUCACGGGUCUGGUUUGCCCCUUCUUGGUGGGCUGCUGUGGCCAGUCACUUCCUCCCAGUCCAGGGACACUGGCCUGAUGUGGGGGCACAUUCCCAGCCCCUUGGGUUUGCUUAGCCAGUGUGGUCAGUAUGAGGCCUGAGAGAGCCCUAGGGCCAGUUCCUGUCCAGGGCCCUCUCCUUUGACCUCCCUGCAGGUUCCCCUGUCCUCCCAGCAACCCACCAGGCCUCUUAGCCUGGGGCUCCCUGCCCGCCCAGGAAGUAGCCACCUGUUCUCAGAGUCAAAAUCACCUUAGAGAACCGAUCCCCCGGGGGCAGUCUCACGCACUCCAGAUGCCCCCCCCCACACUUCUUUGCCCUCAGAUGCUCCUGGGGCUCUGAUAUUAGCCUCACAGUCCCUCUGAAGGAAGUCCCCAGAGGAGAGGCUGCUGGCGUUCCCUGGGGAGAUGAUGGAGAGGGCUCCCCCUCCCCACAGUAGGGAGGGGGUGAGAGGAGAAGGAAGCACUCCAUGCACCUCUCCUUCUGGGGCAGAUGAGGCCACCCACAAAGGCUGACCACUGGGUCCUUUGAGGCCGUGAAGGACUGUCUGCCUGCUGCUCCUGCCUGGCGGUAACACAGCCUCCCGCUGGGACCAUGGACACCAGUAAACAGAGCUGUCGUUGUGGACGCCUCCAACAGCAGCAGGUGGGGUGGAGGGCUGGGUUCCCAUUCCUCGCAUGGCUCCCGCCUGGACGUCCCUGUGUGGCUGCCCGUCCACAAGCCCCCCCACUGGGGCCGGGCCCCUGGCUGGCCCUCCAGCCCAUUCAGGCCUACAUUGCCACUGUGGCAGGAACAUCCUAGGCUCAGGGUGGGGACCUGCAGUGCCCCCUUUCCAGCCCUGCGCAGCAGCCUUGUGCCCUCCAGUGUCCACCUCCCAGGAAAGUAGGGGGCUGGCAAGGCAGAACACCUGGUGCCUCAGAGAGCUCUGGGCUCACACCUAGGAGGGCAGGUCUGUUCUGUUACCUAUAAAAUGGCACCAUGCUGAACUCCCAGCUCUGUGGGCACUGGUCACAGGAAUAAGGGGGCCUUUUCCACGAGGGGGUCUUAGGCCCCACAGGCUGGGGGUGUGAGGAGGGAAGGCUUUGAUGACCUCCUUAAAGAGCACUCUGGGCACCUGCUCACGGGAAAAUCCGAGCUGCUCCCUUUCCCACAGAUGUGACUGCUGCAGAGCUGGGGCCUUACUGACUGCUGCUUGGGCAGCUAGGCUGCUUUGCCGGGCAUGGUGAGGACCCCAGGAUGCCAGACAGCAGCCCUGCACACCCCACAUAUGGAUGUGGGGAAGAAGCCUGUGGGGGCAGCCUUGCUGGACCAGUCAGCAGGGGAGCGAGCCUGUCCCCGACCUGCACUUCCACACGCUGACUCACCCUCCGGGUCGGACUGCAGUCUCGAGGACCU